AUGGCGGACCUGGAGGCCGUGCUGGCCGACGUCAGCUACCUGAUGGCCAUGGAGAAGAGCAAGGCGGCGCCGGCCGCGCGCGCCAGCAAGAAGGUCGUCCUGCCGGAGCCCAGUAUCCGGAGCGUGAUGCAGAGGUAUCUGGCAGAGAGAAACGAAAUAACCUUCGACAAGAUUUUCAAUCAGAAAAUCGGCUUCCUGCUAUUUAAAGACUUCUGCUUGAACGAAAUUGGCGAAGCGGUGCCUCAGGUGAAAUUUUAUGAAGAGAUAAAAGAAUACGAGAAGCUGGACAACGAAGAGGACAGGCUACGCCGCAGCCGGCAGAUGUACGAUGCCUACAUCAUGAGGGAGCUCCUAUCCAGCACACACGUGAGUGUCCCAUCCUGAUUGAUCCCCAGACGGCACCACACAGGGCGUUGACAGGAUCUCUGUAUGUAACCCGGCUGAUCUUCAAUAGCCUCCUACACACUAACACUGACACCCUGAUGAUGGUGAUGCUGAUGAUGGUGGUGAUGCUGAUGAUGUUGUUGCUGUAUCAUUUAGGGGUCUGGAAUUGAACCCAGGGCCUUACGCUUGCAAGGCAAACACCACGGAGCCAUCACCCUAGCCUUGCCUCAUUGGACUAAAUUUAGCUAUACGUUUAACAAUCGGGUGAAUCAGAGUUCUAUUACUCUAUAAAUCUUCAGUGAUGUCUUGGGAUUGAUGGGGAUUAUAAUUAUUAUGCUAAUUUUAUUCACGAGGAGUUAAGUGAUGGUUGGAAUUAUUGUCUUCCUUAGAAGCUGGAUAAGCAUUGGGAUGAGGGAGCACAUGGAUUUAAUUAGCAAGGUAGAAAUUGCAAUGUGGCCGGGUGCCCAGCACUUGGGAGGCAGAGGCAGGCGGAUUUCUGAGUU